GCGAGGGGAGAGGGAAGGCGCGGAAGGCUUGUGUGAGUCGCUCCGCAGUUAGUGGCGGCGCGGGCGAAAUGGACAACGCCGGGAAGGAGCGUGAGGCGGUGCAGCUGAUGGCGGAGGCAGAGAAGCGAGUCAAGGCCUCCCACUCCUUCCUUCGAGGGCUGUUUGGGGGAAAUACAAGAAUAGAAGAGGCUUGUGAAAUGUAUACCAGAGCCGCAAAUAUGUUCAAGAUGGCUAAAAAUUGGAGUGCUGCAGGAAAUGCAUUUUGUCAAGCAGCCAAGCUCCACAUGCAGCUACAGAGCAAACAUGAUUCUGCUACCAGCUUUGUGGAUGCUGGAAAUGCUUACAAAAAGGCAGACCCUCAAGAGGCUAUCAACUGCUUAAAUGCAGCCAUCGACAUUUACACAGACAUGGGAAGGUUUACAAUUGCAGCCAAGCACCAUAUUACCAUUGCUGAGAUCUAUGAGACUGAACUUGUAGACAUCGAGAAGGCGAUCGCUCAUUAUGAACAAUCAGCUGAUUAUUACAAAGGAGAAGAAUCCAACAGUUCGGCAAACAAGUGUCUCCUGAAGGUGGCAGCAUAUGCCGCCCAGCUUGAGCAGUACCAGAAAGCCAUUGAGAUUUACGAGCAGGUUGGAGCAAACACUAUGGAUAAUCCUUUGUUGAAGUACAGUGCAAAGGAUUAUUUCUUUAAAGCAGCGCUCUGUCACUUCAUAGUGGAUGAGUUGAACGCCAAGCUUGCUCUUGAGAAAUAUGAGGAAAUGUUUCCAGCAUUCACUGAUUCAAGAGAAUGUAAAUUAUUGAAAAAACUUCUAGAAGCUCAUGAAGAACAGAAUAGUGAAGCUUACACUGAAGCAGUGAAGGAAUUUGACUCGAUAUCUCGCUUGGAUCAGUGGCUUACUACCAUGUUGCUUCGUAUCAAAAAGUCCAUUCAAGGGGAUGGAGAAGGAGAUGGAGACCUUAAGUGAAAUGUUUCUGUCUUUGUGGCAUGCAGCUAACUCCUCUUUAGUUUCAUCUUAGGGCCAAGUGAUCUUAAUGGGAUGCCCAUUUAAUGACUUAAUUUUGUUGCACUUGAGCCAAAUGACCUGUGUGUGUUUUAAUCUCGCUGUGUUUGUGUUGCUAUGAAGUGGACAGGUGGGAAGCUCCUGUGCAUAUUGUGGGUAGGAUGGGCUAGUUCAUGCUUGUUAGAGUCUCCAGGGUUUUCUGAAAACUACUUCAGAAACUUAUUCCUGUUGUUUUGAUACUUGCAGGGCCCAUAUUUAAUUUUGCCACAUUAAUUUUUUGUCCUUUGUGGACUUGAGUACCCAACCCAGUUCUAAUAGAUGCUUGGGAUGUAUUCUCUAAAUAUAUGUGUUUAAUUUCGGAUGGUUGUUGGGAAUGAAUUUAUAACCUUUUUCAUUAGAAAUUUCAUUGUUCUUGAUGUUACCUUGUGAUUCUUUUGAUGGUGCUAGUGACCACUUUCUUUGCUUUGUAUAUUGUUCUGUAUGCUAACAUGCAUGCAAAAACUCAGAAUAGCCUGGGUCUGCUGGCAUUACUUCAUAGUAUAAGACAAGGGAGCUUCCUGGCAGUGCUUGCUUUUGUGUGUGGAUGAACGUCAAGGUAAGUCUGACUGAUUUUUACUUACACUCACGCACACAUACACACACACACACAAGACUAUGAAAAACAGAGUAUCUCCUUUUCCUGGAGAGUGUUUCCAGUUUACUUGGAAUGGAAACCCCUUUCUUUAUGUUCACAUAAAGUUGUUUAACUGGCAUAUCACUUUACUUUUAUGUUUAUAUACUUUCCCACAUGAGAUGGUGCCCUCAGUGCCACUGUCAUGUAAAUCCUCUUCUAGGCCGGUAAAUUGUCAAAGUCAAAGCUUGAGAAUGUGUGUCAUUCAUUUUAUCCCUUUAUUGAAUGUGAUAGGUUAGAUAAGUAAAUGUAGUACUGGGUUUACUACUUGCGCAUUUGGAGAAGAACCCAAACUAGCUUCUGAGGGGACUUAAAUUUUCUCUUAGCCAGUGGAUUGGUCUUAGUUUGUGUGUUUGAACUCUGUCAUGUUCUUUUGGUUUACAUGAUAUGUGCUCUCUUAUUUAUGAACUUGAUCCCUACCCAUAUAUUACAUGCUCACAUUAUACUUUAGACGUGAUCUUGUUUCCUAAAUCUCUUUAUUUAUGCUUAAAUGAUCUAUGUUUUGAAACAUCUGUUGCCAGAUAUAACCUGUGGUUCUUUUUAAAUUGUGACAGCAGUCAUUAAGGACAGGCAAUGAAAUUUUCCAUAUUAUGUCAGAUAGUAAUUGGUAUUUGAGUAGUGUUUUAAUUUUUGGAUGGCCCUUGCCUGGAAUUAGUAGCCAGGGUGGGCAGAAGUAGAGUGGGUGUGCCCUGGCCAAGGAUGAGUGACUGGACUGAGUGAGGAAGGCUUUGGGAUGAAGUGAGUAAGUCAGUGUGGAAUGGAGGGGCAGUAGCAGGAAAUGAAGUUGAAAAGGCCCAGCUGAGGCCACGUUGUACAGGCUCUCCCUCUACAGUGGCGGCCUUGGUCUUUAGUGACAAGGAUGGUCAGCAAUGGCACAGUGUCAGUUGAGGGUAGAAAGGGUGAAUCAGAAGACACAGAUACUCUGGUAUUGGGCGCUGGAGUCUGUCCUUCCUUCAAAGGUCUGGAAUUGUUGGCAGAAAGCUGUUUCUCUCAGUACACUUCAGAACACAACCCAUUUGGACCUUCUUCACUUCCUGUGGAGUCUCUUACAAGAAAGUGCUUAGAUGUGGGUUCUUCAGCCGGCCUAAUAUUCUAAUAUUCUUCAGCCGGCCUAUUCUUCAGCCAGCCUAAUAUUCUUUUUCAAAAGCCUGGGGGCAUUUGUAAACUGUGUUCCAGAUGUGAGUCGAUCCAUUUGGAGAGCAUUUAAAUCCUCGUACUAGCUGGCGUGUUCCAUCACUAGUUUAGAAAGUUUAUUUUCAUUUGUUAAAAGAACCUUCCAGACUUACCAUGUAAACUCAAAACCAAAUGAUUUAUUUUAAGGUAUUUCAGUUUAUUCAUAGUGAUCUACUAACAAACCUCUGUAUGAAGAAGUAUGAUUUUUAAAGCAGUAUUGGUGAUGUUAUGUUGGAGUUCCUUAUUUAGAGUGAAAUAAACCCUGGGAUCAGUGUCUGAGUUAAGAAUUAAUUUUGGUUUUUAAUACUUCAUCUAGAAAGAAUAAAAAUGAUUGUAACAGCUAGAACAGACCUGCCAGGUGAUAAAGCGUCCAGACUUCUUGAAAUGUCCCAUCAACACAGAGAAGAGCAUGACUAGAGACCUGAUUCGGGUCUCCUGGAUUUAUAGAAAGUCAUUUAUGAAAAAAAUAUGAUUUUAUGUUAUAAUCCUUAUAUUUUAACAAAUCUAAGCUUAGUUCAUAGUCAAAGUCCAUUCAGAUCUCUUCAGGAAAGCUUUGCUUUUUGUGGCAACACUUUUAUAGCUGUAUGAGUUCCUUUUUCAUUUAAUGAUUUGAAAACAGUAUAUUUGCACAGUCGUGGCCUGUGUGUGAUGGUGUCACUGUAACCAAAGUGUGUGCACUUACUAUUUUCUCUGACUGUAAUUAAAAUGUCCAAACGCAGACCUCUGUGGCUUGCUUCGGAGGAUUUGGCAGCACGCAUGCCGCCUCUGACCCUCCCGCCUGUGGUGUGAGCCAUGAGCAGGAGUAGAUUUGCAUCUGUCAGGUUCUCAUUCGGCCACUGCAGUGUUCCCUCUCCUGCUCUCGGGUGGAGAAUUACAUAUGAAAACUACCUGCCCAUGUGAUGGUAAAUCUGUCUUAGCAGAGAGUAUGUAUGUUUUGUGUGAACGUGUACAGUAAAUAAAGUGGAAAUUAUGAGUAAUAUCUUGACUAGUCUUUCCUAACUCCAUUUGCACAGAUUAAGAGUAACUUUUUUCCUUCAGAUUCUUCCCAUCAAGCUGAAGGUAACAGGCAUUAUCUGUUGUAGGCUUUGUGAAUAUCAAACUUAGGUUACUUAAUAGAUCAUUGAACUUAGGUCACUUAAUAGAAAUUCAGUUUACAAGAUGAGGGACUUUGAAGGAAACCUUAGUCUGUUGCUUCACUCAGAACUCUGUAAGCCUCACAUUCUCAUCCCUUCCUGCUGCCCCCAUUAAGGAAUCUUGCUUGAAUUCUUUAGACUCCCUAUAAUCACUUGAAAGUUGAUGGAGGAGUGAUGCCUAGAAGAGUUUUGGAGGUGGGGUAGCAAGGAACCCUAAAGCCACUCACAUCUGUUAGCUGUGGAUGCAGGCCUUUACUAACUUUAUGGAAGUCUGAUUGGGAUAGGUUCCCUGGAGAGGCCAGCCCCUCUUGCCAGCUCCUCCCCUCGAGAACGUGGAAGGAAUAUGACAUAGGAUUGGAGGUUGGCAGGGGAGAAGGGAGAGUUAAAUGAACAGCCAGUUAACCUCAGGGAGCCAUGUUCAGGUAAAUUUCAAGUCCGCAACCGAAAGAUAAUUCAAAGCAUUUAUUUAAAAAUGAAUGGUAGAACAGUCUAUCCCAAUCAAGGAAUACUGAAUUGUUCAGGAUUAGUGUAUCAUUCAAUUGCCUCUUAUAGUCAGUGUUUCCUAAAAAAAAGAAUCCACUGUGAUGGUUUAAAGACCUGUUUUUGCGAGUUUUGCUGAGUCACUAUGCAGACUGGCAGAGGUAGGUGGGUGGUUUCUGGGCUCUGCUGAGGUGAACUGUACAACCCGUGUUUGUAGCUGACAUGGUCUUGCCUUGGUACAUGUGAACAGAUGGCCCUUUGCAUGAGUCCCUACCUUCUCCCCACCCCCAACCCUCAGUAAUACUGCUAUUUUAAGUGAACAACCAUCAGGUUCAUUUAAUGGGACGAGCACUCAUUUGGUUUCAAAAAUGUUCUGGUACGACAGUCUACAAUUUAACGGGUUAGUUUAAUUAUCACAACUUAUUUUCUGAUUUUUUCGAUUAUCAUCUUAAGCAGAGCCACAUUUCUGUUAAAAAUCACCGUUAAUAAAGGUCUUCUCCCACCACAGGGAUCAUUUAUUUUCAAAGUCUCUACAACAAAGAUGAUACAACCAAAGGCAGCACUUUGGAGUGUGGGGUGAGAGUACUUCCCAUAUGGUUGAGUUGAGGCCUGGUGUCACCUCUCCAGGCUCUGAGGGGGCAGUGCAGAACCAAGGGCACUUGCCUGCUCUCUGAUCUGAGACUAACAUACUCAGGGUGGCCUGGCUUUU